AAACGAAAUCUAUGGCGUCACUGAAUGCAACUAAUGGUGUCCACCUCAGUAGAACAUGGAUUGAUGAGAUCCUCGUUUCAUGUAGAAGCCAGAUAUUGGCUGGCGAUCAGUCUUAGAUAGCUAAGGAGAGCAAUCAAUUCGAAUUCGUGAACUUCCGAGCCUGGCUAGAACGCUGGUGAAGUCCAUUUUCGAAAUUAUCAGAUUCGGCGAACUGAAUUUCGAGUGUUUCUCGUGACGUCUGUACGCUUGCAAGCAGCGAGCUCAAUGAUAGCGUGCGAACGCCUCGAAGGUUGCUGGGUAAUCAUCAGCGAUCAGCAAGUCUGAAAACGUCGCUGUGAUAGACGCCAGCGAAGAUGAAGGCCUCACUAACAACAUACACGGAGCUGUCGGACCUCACGUCCUCUCUGGCGGAUGGCUCGCCGGAGGUUCAGCAAGCAACCGUGGACGCACUCAAGUCCAUCGCUGCAGUAAACCCCAAGCUCGUUCUGCUCUUCUGUUCAGAGUUGCUGCAGUCCGGCCAGAGCACCAGCCUGUGGUGGUCCCCCCCUCAGCUCCCCCAGCACCACAAGACCAACCUCUUCAAUGUCAUUGCAGCUGCCAUCUGCUCUCUUUCUCGCCAGCACUCUGCAGCUGCAGCAGCAGCAGCAGGCGGCUCAGCAGCAGCAGGUGCAGCAGCAACAGGAGGAGCAGCAGCAGGCGCGGGGGAGGUAGCAAGCACGGGUACAGCGGAAGGUGCAGGACUGAGGCUGGAUUCGGACAAGGGAGGGGUGUCAGAUCACAGCAUGCUGGUACAGAGCAUGAAGCUGGCGAUAGCAGAGAUGCAAGUGGCAGGGAGGUCAGGCACGGGCAGUGCUCAGGACAUUGGCUCGCCUCUGAACAUGGCUGUAGCAUCUGUGAUCACGGCUGUAGCAGCUGCGUCCACUCCAUUGGUUUUGGAGGAGGUUUUUCGUGCCCCACAGCCGCCACUGCACCUCAUUGCAGACGCGUUCGGACAGAUGGCAAAGAACCGACCUGCCGUGUUCCGUGCUGUGUGGCCCAGUAUUCUGAGGAAGAUCGUGCUGUCCAUGAGCCACUGGUGCAGGGCAUUCACGCAUGGGCAAGGCAUGGCUAUUGUGCGGGCGUUUCAGGAGAAUGGAAGGAGGGAGGGAGGAAGGGGAAGAGAUAGGCAUGGUGCUUUGGGAGGAGGAGAGGAGGCAGGAGCAAGGGAGGCUAGAGGCGAGGUGAAUCCGGAGGGAGGGUCGGGCAUUUCUGUCGUGACACCAGCACCGUUGGAUUCGUUGAGAAAUAUUCCUUGGACGGUUGAAGACUGGGAAGAGACUGUGGCUCUCCUGCAGUCUGCAUUCGACCUUUUCCUGCAGCGAUGGCUCCUCUCUUCCUCCACACCGGCCCGCCUGGCCACGGCAAAGGCCAUGGCAGAGAUGGCGUUUCUGCUGCAGGAGAGCUACCUGCGCUCCACCCUCAGCGCCCUGCUGCCUGCCCUCCGCUCCCUAUACGGCAAGGAGCCCGAGGAGUAUCAGCACGUACUCAUUACAGAAAGCCUCAGUACUCUCUUGAGAGCUCUUCUUGGGGGCAGCCCUGACCCAGACGGUGCUUCCAACACAGAAUCUACCAGCAGCAGCAGCAGCAACAGCAGCAGCAGCAACAGCGGCGGCGGCGGCGGGGGUAACACAGAUUCUGGUCCAGUCUCUGUGGCAGGGGGGCAAGUUGAGCAGGUUUUACCAGUGCAGGUUUCAUCUGAUUUCCAGGGUGGUGUGGCUGGUCCUGGUGCUGCUAGUUCUGCUGGUGGUAAAGCUGGUGGUGGCGCAGCAAUGGCACUUGGACGACCAAAGCAUGGGCUCAACCCAAAGGUGUUGCUGCCCACUCUGGAGUUCCUGUUCGCCCUGACUGGCCACUACACCAGCCGACUGGGCUCCAACACUGCUGAUAUCCGCACCACCAUCACUGGCCUGAAUGCAGCCAUGCGGUGCACCAUGACCAUCACAGAGGCAUUCCCACAACAUGCAUGCGCUUUCGCCAUCCAGAGAGCAGCCCACAGGGGAGUGGAUGCACGCAUCAGGCAGGGGGCUCUUGUUCUUCUGCGCCGCAUUGUGACCAGCAUGCCGCAAGUGUGGGCGGGGAGCGAGGAGCAGUUCUGCCAGGGGGCGAUCUACAUCGUCCAAUCAGAAGAGGCCAUGGAGAGCGGGCAGGACACGUCAGCACAGGAUAUUUUCGCUCUGGGCUGGGGACAGGGCCACUCCUCCUUGAGUCACUCCUCAAGCCUCCCCACUAGUGAACCAUCUAGCCCUGCUGGGAUCACGGCUUGCCCAAGAGGGGGUGAGGGGGGAGGAGGGGUAGGGGGAGGAACAGGGGGGAGUGCGGGAGGGGCAGGAGGGGCCACGGGAGGAGGUGGUGGAGGAAUGGGAGGAGGGGCAGGAGGAGGGGCAGCAGCAGGGGUGUCGCCGAUAGAGGCGGUGAUUCUGAAGCCGGUGGACGCAGUGGAGGUGGAGUGGAGUGCCGCGUGUGCUUCGCUACUGGGGUCAGCUGUGAUCGUGCCCAGAAACGUGCCGUGUGACGAGACACGCAAGGAAAUCGUCCAGCUCAUCCUCGCCAUGGCAGCCACCAAUCAGCUGCUGCCAGCUCACCCAGUCCCCGCCUACCACCUCCUCUUCUUCCUCAUCUCCCAAGCCGGCCGCUCCUUCCGCCCCGCCCCCUCCUCCUCUCUCUCCUCCUCCUCUUCUGCCAUUGACGCCAGCAGCACCAGCAGCACCAGCAUCAGCAGUGGUGGAGGGGGGCCAACAGGAAGGGAGGCGAGGAGGAGGGCGGCAGGAGGUGGAGGGGAUGAGGGGUCUCUGUACCAGGUCUGCAGCAAGGGAUUGAGCAUCCUCGCUAAUACCGUCCACACUAUGGAUGAUGUGAUGCUGCUGGCGCUGCUAAGAUCGCUGGUCAAGUCAAGCCUCGACUGCAUCUUGCCACUGGUUCUGCAAUGCUUAUCCACUAUUAUAUCUCGAAAGUCACCUUCCGCUUCUCACUUGGAGGUAGGAGCGGACUCAGGAGUACAAGCAGCAGGAGAUGGAGCAGCAGCGGGAGAAGGAACGAGUGCGGGAGGAAUUGAGGGAGGGAGAGGAAUUAGUGAGAGAAGGGGCGAAGGGGACGCAGGAGAGGGAGGAGUUAGAGGAGGCACGGUGGGAACGAGCAUUGGUGUGGGGGAGAAGGAUGCGAGUGCAGAGAGGGAGAUCAGGGGGCUUUCGCAGUUUAAGCUGCCACCACUGGAGGAGCUUCUGCCACGGCUGCUCAUUCUGCUUGGUAGCGACAAGACUCUCACUGAUGGACAGCGAAGGACGAGGAUAUUUCAGGUGCUUGAGUUUGUUCGGCAAAGCACUCUUCCAUCCGCUAUUGGAGCCAUGGCCCUCGAUAUCCAGCAUAUGAAGCUCCUGGCUGAGCGUCCACGACACAGCGAUAGGGCUGGGAGUGGCAGCCAAUCAGAGUGCAGAAGAUCCGUGUGGCAGGAUGCCACAAUGAAGAUGUUGCUGAGAGCUGUUGAUACGGUGGGCAAUGCUGACUGGACAGCUCGGGUGUGCGACGGCUUUGCUGCCUUCUACUCGUGGCCAUGUCUCGAUGCGAGCCAGCACAUUCUGCUGCACAGAUGCAUGGGAGCGCUUGUCCAGCGGGCAUCAGACGCAGUCUUCAUUCAGCGUCGGGUGGCGCUCAUGUUUGACUCGGCUACCCUCUCGGAACCGCUCGACCGACAUGCUCUUGCGAUGGGGCUUGGCGCUGUGGCAUCUGCUCAUCUGGAUGUGGUUCUGGCCACCUUGGAGCAAGUCCUUGACACCUACUCAGUCUCCAAUCUGCAACGGAUAUACCAAUUCGUCAGAACCCUCGGCUCUCAAUCCGCCAUCUUCAUUCCUAAAUCCUCCUCCUCCUCCUCUUCCGCCCCCAAGCUCACUCUCCCGCCUCUCGAGCGCCUCUUCAAGAAGGAGACUGCCACGUCAGCAGCUGCUGACUUCCUGCGGGACCCGCUGAUGCAUGAUGACGUGUGCUCUGUGCUUGCGCUGACGUAUGGGUACACGGUGGCCUUCUCGGAAGCUUCUGUGGUGAAUGCACGGAUCACAACGCUGCUGGAGGCCAAUGUGUUCACACCUCUGGCAGCAGUGACAUCCCUCCCAGCAAGGAUGGCGGUUGUUCAAGCCAUUCACAUGCUCGCCUCUGCUGCUCUCACCACCGCGUCAGCACCACACUCAGCAACCCCAUCAGUCCCAUCUACAGUCCAUAAAGCACCUCAUCCUACUGUGCUUGCAACACCCGCCCAUCCAACCACAUUCACACUACAAACCACCUCUAUCCCUCUGAAGAGCCGCGACGACCUCAUCAGCUGCUGCCUGCUCUUCCUCCCUCCCAUCCCCUCCCCACCACCACUCACACCACCCCCCUCCUCUUCCUCUGCCUCCUCCUCUGCACCCACCUCCUCCUUUGCGUCAUACACGGCGUCUUCCUCCUUCUUUACAUCCCCUCUCCCUUCUUCUGUCCCCACCUCGCUCCCCGGACCAACAUCUAGCUCCUCAGCAGGCCCAGCCCGAGGCUCAAGCACAGGCUCGGGCCCAGGCUCGGGUCCAGGCUCGGCAACUGCUGGUGGUGGUGGUGGUGCACCGAGGUUUAUAAUGAGGGUCAGGGGGGCGGAUGGGGCAGCAGCUAGCGCAGUGGGAGAGGCAUCAUACACAUUGGGGGAGGAGGAAGUUGGGCUUCAGAUUGCAUGUGUGCGGGCGUGCACGCUCCUUAUUCGGUCACAUCCCAAGCUCACUUCGGCUGUUCGCAAGAGUGUGCAGGCGGUUACUCCCCUGCUGUGCAUUGACGACACACGGCUGGCUGGUCGUAUGAAAGGAGGCCUGGAUGGGUUGAGUGGAGGAUGGGGAGAAGGAAGAGGGGGAAGUGGUGUAGAAGUUGGAGAGGGGGGGGGCGGAGGCGAGGGGAGGGAAGAACGAGAGGGGUCAAGUUCGAGUGGUUCGGAUAGUGAGGGUGAGGGCGAGGGGGAUGGGGGUGGGAAGGGAAAGAGGAGAAAAGGGAGGAGGAAGCAGGUGGUUGGUCCGUUGGCAUUCAGCGUCAUAUCUCUGCUCUGUAGCGUGCUACAGAUGAGCAACAAGGACAGCAGGGAAGAGGAAGAGGAGCUCCAGCACAUCCUCUCUCUGCUCCGUCCCCUCCUCUCCCUCCUCCUCCCACCUCCUCCUCCCCAUCCCUCCUCCCAGCUACCCUCUGCCCUCAACCCCACCACUCUCCUUUCCUCCGCCUUCACCUCAUCCCCACCCAGUUCCGCCCCAACCAGUUCUUCCCUACCCAGCAGUAGUCAAGUGGGUAGCAAGCCCGGAAGCAACCCCAAUAGCAAGCCGAGUAGCAAGCCUAGCAGUAAGCCUGGCAGUCAACCUGGAAGCCCCGGACUCAGAGCAAGGGGCAAAUCGAACUUGGGAGGUGGAGCAGGCGGAUGGGAGAGAGGGGGAGGAGACGCAGGAGAGGCGGUGGCAUCAGCGGUGGAGGUAGUGAUGGCAGCACAGCAGCGGGUGCUGACGGCGUAUCUGGCUGUCUGCGCCCAGUUCCAUACGUUGGCGCUUGUGGAACACCGGCUGCCAGACUGCUGUUGGGAAGACGUGUGCUCGUUCCUGGAGGCUAGCAGGGGUGGAUUGAGCCAUUUGGAAGCACAGGACGCUCGCUCUCACCCAUCGCGCCCAUCUCUCAACCUGGGCCACCACAUGGCUGUCAUCCUGCCCUUCUGUGCCAAUGCCGACCGCACACUGCAACUUCUCAGCUGCAAGGUGGUUCUUUUGCUCCUGACAACAGCUGUAUCCCUCUCCUCUCCACCUGAAAACCCACCUGAAAAUUCGCCUGGCAAUCCACCUGCAAGCACUGCCACUGAGCCCAACAGAUCGCCGCAGUCGCCAAGCCAUUCCCCCCCCGCCUCGCCGUCCGCCCUCCCUCUCUCCUCCCACCCUGCAACGCACCAAUCAGAGGGGACCACAGCAGCAGCCGCUGCUCCCCACUCUGAUUCCCUUUCAUCCCCUCAAGUUCAACCGACUCGGUUCGCAAGUGCCCCACCAGGGGGUACUUACCCUGUGCUCCUUGCUUCUCUGGAAGCAAAGAUCUCUGCAGCUGUGUCGAGUGAGGGCCCAUCUCAGGGAUCGGAGGAGGCAGAGGAGCAACGCGCGAUGCUGUUUGAUGCUGCUGUGGAGUGCAUUGCAAACAUACUCACAGCUGAGGAGGUGGCAGUGCUGCUGCUAGCAGCAGACGCCUUCCUCCACAUCACCUGCGCGGGCCACACCACCAGCACUUCUACCGACCAGGGGAAGAAAGAAAUUGAGGAGGGGGAGGGAGGAUUCGACCAUUCUCAGAGCCCUGAUUGUCAGUACGUGGGGAGCGUUGUGAGUCGGUGCAUGGAGGCAGUUCUCACCAUCGUCUCCCUCCGAGGCCACCAGCUGCUGCUGCAGGCAGAAUCUGAGCGGUCGUCAGUGCAGCAGCAACCACUGCAAGAGCUGCAGCCAUCCCAAGGCAUGAAGCAUCAUCCCAGUCCGAAACUGAAAACGCUCAGAUUAGGUCUGGGCUUGCAAGGCGUUGUUUCAACGGAAGUGGUGCAGCAGCAGCAGCAGCAGCCUGACUUGCAAGGUGGUGGUUUAUUGGAGCAGCAGCAGGAGCAGGGCUGUGCUGGGAGGAUCAUCGAUCGCAUUGUUGCAGCCUCCCUUGGUUGCCACUACCGCUCUGCCCGCCAGCCUGCCUUUGCUGCGGUGUGCUCGCUGGCGGCCUCCUGCAGCCCCUCGGCCCUGUUCCUCUGCGUGCUCCAACAUGUGGAGGAAGCCUCUGGGAAGCUGCCGGCCUUGGAAGAGCUUGUAGAGGAAAUAGCUCAACAUCCCUCACUUGGUCCUCAGCUUCUAGACCUGCUUCUCCCCAAGCUCAUCCCGGGCUUUAACCCUGUGGGCCUCGCUGACUUGCGGUCAACAGCAGAGCCCUCAGUGCAGUCACACGCACAGUCACAUUCAGAGUCACAAGCAGGGUCACAAGCAGAGCAACAGGCGCAGGAACAAGCACAGCUGCAGUCUGCUGUUGGGUCGGUGCCGGCAGGAGGGACUGAGGCAGCAGUGCCAUCAGAAGCAGAGGUGGGGGAGGGGCAGGUUGGGUCGGUGUCUGCUGCUGCUCCAGCAGCAACGGAAGAGGCACAACUGGGGCAGGCUGCAGCUGAGGGUGCUGCUGCUGCUGCUGCUGCUGCUGAUGCUGCUGCUGCUGCUGUUGCUGCUACAGUUGUGGCAAGUGCGGGGAGUGCGGGGAGCGCAGGGAAGCCCUUCAUCUACUCCUCUGAGUCCAAAGCGGCCAUCCGGACUCUGGGGAUCAUGCUCAGGUCGUCAUCAGACGAUCUCAAGCUAGCAGCGCUAUCUCACUCCAUCCCCACCAUCUACAGUCUCAACCUGCUCCUGUGUGGUCUCGCCAUCGACACCAUUGCCUCGCACCCUGAGGCUGCUCUCUCCCCCAAUGGCCCCCUCAGCAAGCGAAUCAAUGACGCCAUCACAGCGCCAGACGGGGGGCUCUGGUCCAGCGACCCCUUCUUGCUGGUCUAUGGUGCUCUCCGUUGUGUUGCUCGCUUCUUCAGCCACCAACCCCUUAUUGAGAUUCUCGAGACCUUUUCACCCGACGAGGGGGAGAGUGAGCGAAAGGAGCAGGCAGGCGGGGCGGGAGGGGCCAAGGACAGCGAGCAGGGAGGCAGUGAGCUUGACACCAGUAUGGGGCAGCUGUUGGUGCUGUAUCGCUUGAUGCAAGCUCUUAUGGCGGCCACUUUGAAUGCCGGGGAGAGCUCGCACGGUGUGGAGGUGCUGUAUGUUGAAGCGUUUCUCACCCGAGCUGUGGAGUGCAACAGCGUUUACAAGUACAUCACAGAUGCUGCUCUUAUCUGCCAUGCAACGAGCGUGGAAGGGAGCGCGCACACACCUGACCUGGAGGCAACAAUUGCAUGGCAGCUGGACCGUUUCCAGGAAGCUUCCUCUGCAGCUCGAGCCGUCAUCCUGCUUAUACUCUCUAAGCUGCCCCAGUCCACCGCCCCACUACCCCCCACCGUGCUGCAUCGAAUUCUCUCCACCGCCUCUCUCUCCCUGCAAGACUCAAGCGCCAUGGUAUCGCUUGCUGCUACCAUCUGCAGCCAUCAGUGCCUUUCGCAGUGCAGCUUCCCAGCCCGUCAGCCGCUGCCAGCUGUCACCAUCCUCCAAUCGGCGAGGGCUAUCUUGAAGAGCCGUGAUUCCACAGCCCAAGCAGCAGCAGCAUGGAUGGCAGGCGCCUUGGCCGCAUGCCUCUUAAACCAGCAGCAGCAGCAGCAGCAGCAGCAGCAAAGCAGCAACGAUUCACAGCAGCAGAGUGAGGAGAGCGGGAGCACAGGAGCUCACACAUACAUCACAUCUGAGCCUUGCUUGGCUGCCGAGCCAUUACCCUCCGUUGAAGAUCUCAAACCCGAGGUUCGGGAGACAAUGGCAGCCAUGUGGUUCCUCUCAGACCAACAACCGGAUAGAGUCACGCAUGCGUGCAAGGCAUGCUCGUAUCGCCUGGGUCAGCUACUGUUGCCCAAUCAAGGCGCUGAAUGCACCCACCAACUAGCCACGAGCUCCCCUCUCUUCUCACACAGCUUCUAUCAGUAUCUGUCGCACGACUUGGUGUCGAAUUUCGACACGUACACUGGAUUUGCACUGGAGGCACUCUCCAACCCCUCAGACUCCGUUAAAAUCACAGCAAUAGCUUUUUUCACUGGCCUCAUUCGAUUCGUCGCGGAAAAUAGAUCAUCACUUGGGAAGGCUGUAUCAGAUCCCACAACAAGUAGUGCAUCCGGCUCCUGCCUUCAAGCUACAAGCCCCUUGCCUUCCACUGCUUCGUUUGCCAUCCCUGUGGCUCUCACUAAAGCGCUUUCUCAACUACUAAAGAAGUCUCCAAAUGCGGCGCUUAGAUCAGUGGCAGCAUCGUCAUUAGGAGAGAUCCUCCGCUUGUCAUUGAAGAAAGAGAAGGCAAGUGCCUAAUGGCGAGUUUUAGAACGCCUAGAACUUGCGGUUUGGUAGUCACGAAAGGAUGGGGUAGAAACAUGAGUUGCAUUCAGGUUCCUUAGGAGUGGAAAUCUUAUGAUUUGUGUGCAUCCUAACAUACUAUCCGAAUGGAAACUUACAGC